AUGCCCUCAGGUCUAGACAUAGACCACAAAACCCCCAUAACCAAUAACAUCGCCCCCUACACCUCGCACCUCCUCGUCUCCACGGGCCAAUCCGAUUGGGCCUCGCGCAUCGAAGACGAAUCCACGCCUCCCCACUCCCAACCCUGGGGCAACCUCGUGGGCGCGCUCAAAGCCGCCUUCGGCCGCAACGGCCAAUACCACUCCCGGACCUCCAAUGUGCUCGUGACGACCUCCUCCCUCCCCGCCGCCCGCAGCAGCGGCCGCACCGUGCUCGCCUUCCCCACCGGCGAGGAGAUCACGCUCCCGCCCUCCCCCUCCAUUCAAUCUUCCAACACCGAUGAUGAGCCCCUCUCAGCCCUCCUCGCCUACCUCGCCCGUGCCACGCACACUACAGGCUCCCACGGCCCGCCACCGCCACCGCUGCACUCGGUCCCCAUCACACACCCCACGAUCCUGAUCUGCAGCCACAACAGCCGCGACACGCGCUGCGGCGUCCUCGGCCCGCUGCUCGUAUCCGAGUUCAAGCGCCUUCUACCGCCGAGCCUCCAACUCGAUGCAGAGCAGGGCACCCGCGUCGCGGGCAUCAGCCAUAUCGGCGGCCACAAGUGGGCUGGCAACGUCAUCGUCUACAUUCCUCGAGGGUGGUCGUUGCGGCGACGAGCCAUCGUUGACGGUGAAGAAGCGUCGGCAUCGCUCGAGGAAGACAGAGCCGCGCAUGGGGGGCCGUCGGGGAAGGAGAGCCCGCUGGCGGGAAAGGGAGUGUGGUAUGGCAGAGUUGAGCCCCGGCACGUGGAGGGCAUCAUCAAUGAGACGAUCUUGGGCGGGAAGGUCAUCCGCGAGCUGUGCCGUGGUGUUGUGGACGAGGGGGGCCGCAUUAUUCGGAUUUGA